CUGGACACAACAACACAUCCUGUGGUUCUGCAGAACCGGAGAACGUGUCCAGCAGAACCGCUCAGAACCUGCAGUCUGGCUGAUCUGAGCUGGUACCUUAAAGUAGACUCAGUCCACCUGAUGCAGUCUGAGCAGACAGCAGUCGGAUCAGACCAGAACCAGGGAGCAGUCGGAUCAGACCAGAACCAGAGAGCAGAGUCGGAUCAGACCAGAACCAGGGAGCAGAGUCGGAUCAGACCAGAACCAGAGAGCAGUCGGAUCAGACCAGAACCAGAGAGCAGAGUCGGAUCAGACCAGAACCUCCUAUCUCACCACAGCAGCCUCCAGUCUGGAGCUUUUAUUUUAAAGUCUCCGGGUUCUACGAGUUCUGGUUCGGUCCGGUCUCUCUGUGGACAUCAUAGGAUCCCAGAUGAGGACAACAUGAAGACUGGGCCAUCCUCUUGGACCUGACGGAUCAGAACCACCCUGUCGUUUUAGUUCACUGAGAUCAAGGUUCUCCUCCUCAGCCUGACGGUGGAUCUCUGAGCGGUUCUGGAUCAGGAUGGAUCCAGUGAAGACAGACAUGGAGCUGCUCAGCAACAGCAUGGCCGCCUACGCCCACAUCAAAGCCAAUCCAGAGAGUUUUGCUCUUUACUUCAUGAUGGGCGUCUCAUUCGGGCUCUUCCUGGCGCUCUGCCUCCUGGUGGCCGGCAUCGCCUGCAGAACCCGUCGCUACAGCAGACCUCCGCCGUCCCCCGAGAGGAGGCAGCUGAAAGAGUCCAGCGAGGAGGAGGAAGAGAGCAUGUCGGAGGAAGACGGGGAGGAGUCUGAAGACAAAAUGACGGUGUUGGCCCUGAGCGAGCGCAGCAGCCAGGCUAACGGCACGCUGAGGAGCGUCAACGUGUUCGCGUCUGCGGAGGAGCUGGAGAAGGCCCGCCGUCUGGAAGAACGCGAGCGGAUCCUCCGCGAAAUCUGGAGGAACGGGCAACCGGACAUCCUGGUUUCAGGGACGGGAACGAUGGGGCGAGUCCAUUACCACUGAAACCGUCUGCAGCGCAGGAGUUUCUGUGUGUCGCUGAGGCCGUGUUUACACGCUCAGGUUCACGUUUGCCCGUCUACACAACUACGGCGCCGUUUUCUCUGAAAUCGGGUUCCUGGUGGAACGGUCCGGGUCUCUGCUGCCUGCAGACAACAAAACCUGCCAGUAUAGGGAGAUCCGGCGUGUGCGCAGUAGGACUAAGAACAUACCGCCUACUAGUGGCAUGGCAGGGAAAUUACACUGUUUUCUACCCUGGCUGUGUGCACACUGGUUGUAAUCAAACGUUUAGCAAAAAGCAGAGCACUUAAAUUUCAUUAAGUAUACUUAAGUAAAAGUGAAAGCUUAGGUCUUAGUAGGCCUACUUAGUCAAGUAUACUUAAUUAUGCUGUUAAGUCAAUGAAAUAUAGUUUAUAACACAGCCUCAUUGUAAGUAUGAAAUAAAUAUAGUCGUGGUACACUUGAAUAAACUACUUUUGUCAUGUAGAGGUGUUAGCAGAACCGGAACCAGCCGUUUUUAAU